AUGUCACAAGAAAAUAAUCCAAAAAACUUCAGUAACACCCACCAAUGCCCUUUCAUGGCUAACGCUACCAAUAUAUCUUCACAACAAUUGUCGGUUACUAGUGCUAACGGGGCACCCAUUAAUGAACCUUUUGCAACUCAAAGAAUUGGGCAACAUGGUCCCUUAUUAUUACAAGAUUCAAACUUAAUUGAAAGUUUGGCACAUUUCAAUCGUGAAAGAAUACCUGAAAGAAACCCACACGCUCAUGGGUCCGGUGCCUUUGGUUAUUUUGAAGUCACUGAUGAUAUCACAGAUAUCUGUGGUUCUGAAAUGUUUGAUACCAUAGGUAAAAAAACACCAUGUCUAACCAGAUUUUCUACAGUCGCCGGCGAGCGUGGGUCUGCUGAUACCGUAAGGGAUCCUCGUGGUUUCUCUACCAAGUUCUAUACCAAAGAGGGGAAUUUAGAUUGGGUUUAUAACAAUACUCCAAUUUUUUUCAUCAGAGAUCCAUCAAAGUUCCCUGCUUUUAUCCACACUCAAAAGAGAAACCCAAGAACUAAUUUAAAGGAUCCCAAUGCAGUUUGGGAUUUCUUCACCAUCCCAGAAAAUCAAGUCGCUAUUCAUCAAAUUAUUCAAUUGUUCUCAGAUAGAGGUACUCCACGUUCAUACAGACACAUGAACGGAUAUUCUGGCCAUACUUAUAAAUGGUCAAACAAACAAGGUCAAUGGCAUUAUGUCCAGGUUCAUUUGAAAACUGACCAAGGUAUUCAAACAAUGACUAAUGAGGAGGCUGUAAAGCUAGCAGGGGAAAAUCCAGAUUAUAUCCAACAAGAUCUAUAUGAAUCCAUUGAAAAAGGUGAUUACCCAUCUUGGACAGUUUACAUUCAAACUAUGACAGAGAAACAGGCACAAAAGUUACCAUUUUCUGUAUUUGAUUUGACAAAAGUCUGGCCACAUUCCCAAUUCCCAUUAAGACGGGUUGGAAAAUUGAUUUUAAAUAAGAAUCCAGAUAAUUAUUUUGCUCAAAUCGAACAGGCUGCUUUUGCACCAAGUAAUACUGUGCCAUACCAAGAACCCAGUGCAGACCCUGUUUUGCAAGGUAGACUAUUCGCUUAUGCAGAUGCUCAUAGAUACAGAUUAGGCCCCAAUUAUAAUCAAAUUCCAGUGAAUUGUCCUGUUGCAGCCAAUUUCCACAAUCCAUUAAUUAGAGACGGUCCUAUGAAUGUUAAUGGGAAUUUUGGUUCUGAACCAAAUUACUAUGCAUCUAAUGUUAAGUACAAUUUCAUUCAACCAAAUAGACCUAUACAGCAACAUCAAGAAGUUUGGAACGGUCCUGCACUUCCUUAUCAUUGGACUACAACCACUGAUGAUUCAGAUUUUGUCCAGGCUACUGCUCUAUAUCAUGUUUUAGGCAAACAACCAGAUAAUCAACAACAGCAUUUGGCCCAUAACAUUUCUGUAAGCUUAUGUGGGGCUAGGCCUGAACUUAGAAAUAGGGCUUAUGCAAUGUUUGAGCGUGUUCAUCCAGAUUUAGCAAAGGCAGUAAAAGAAGAGACAGAAUCAUUAGCCAAGGAUUAA